UGACUACACGCUGGGUUGUACUUUCUGCACAGGGGAUCCCAUUGCUGAAAAAAAAAAAAUACUUGACUGCAGCUGUAAAUUUUAGGUUAAUAGCAAAGCGAAGAACGUCAAAGUCCACCCGUCAUUCAGCGCGAGUUGGGCACAAAGCCACCUUUCUCGCCCUUGAUGCCUGACGAUGGCUGCUGUGGGCUUACGGUUGGGGAAACAAAUCCGUUGUCUGAGUGGAAGAGCUAAUUCCAAAACUUCAGGGGAGCCGAAGCUGAAAUAUGACGCUGUGAUCGUCGGAGGAGGACACAAUGGCCUGGUAGCGGCAGCGUAUCUGCAGAAAUCUGGGGUAAACUGUGUAGUACUCGAGAGGCGCCACGUGAUUGGCGGAGCAGCAGUUACUGAGGAGAUUAUUCCAGGUUUUAAGUUCUCAAGAGCGUCCUAUCUCCUCAGUCUUCUAAGACCACAGAUUUACAAAGACCUGGAACUAAAGAGACAUGGACUGAAAAUUUAUUUUCGAGACCCCCAUUCAUUCACUCCAAUAUUAGAAAAUGUCAGCGGACGUCCACCCAGGUCUCUUGUUCUUGGGUCAGAUAUGGCCGAGAACCAAAAGCAGAUCGCUCAAUUUUCCAAAAAAGAUGCAGAGGCAUAUCCAAAAUAUGAGGACUUCUUGAAUCGCCUGGUUUCUGCUAUAGACCCUCUCCUUGAUGCACCCCCUGUGGACGCUGCAGCCAUAGCUCAGGGGUCUUUGAUGACGAAACUGAAGUCCUUUAAGACACUCCGUCCAUUAAUAAAAGCAGGAAUUACACUGGGGGGCCAACUUCCAAAAUAUUACGAAGUCCUCACUGCUCCAAUAUCCAAGAUUUUGGAUGAAUGGUUUGAGUCCGAACCCUUGAAGUGUACCCUGGCCACCGAUGCAGUGAUUGGAGCAAUGUCCUGUCCGUCCUCUCCCGGCAGUGGGUAUGUUUUACUCCAUCAUGUCAUGGGGGAACUGGAAGGGAAGAAGGGGUCAUGGGGCUAUGUAGAAGGAGGAAUGGGCAUGGUUUCCAAUGCUAUUGCCAAGGCUGCGGUGGAAUCAGGGGCUGAAAUUUAUACAGAAAAGACAGUGCAACAGAUCCUGGUGGAUGACAAAGGGAACGCUACUGGUGUGGUCCUGCAGGAUGGAACAGAAAUACGGAGCAGACUGGUCCUGUCCAAUGCAACACCUCACCACACAUUUCUAAGUAUGACUCCAAAGGAGCGAUUGCCGGAGGAUUUUAUAACAAUGAUUUCUCAGUUUGAUGCAAAGUCCCCAGUUACCAAAAUAAAUGUGGCUGUAGAUCGGUUACCAAACUUCUUGUCCAUACCAAACACUCCUGAUGGCAAACCACUGCCCCAUCACCGCUGCUCCAUCCACCUGAACAGCGAGAACAUGCAGCUGAUUGAUAAGGCCCAUGACGAUGCCAGCAAGGGGCGGCCGUCUGAACGGCCGAUGAUUGAGAUCUGCAUUCCCUCAUCGCUGGACCCGACCCUCGCUCCUCCAGGAUGUCAUGUUAUUUCAAUCUUCUCACAGUAUACACCAUACACCCUGAGUGAAGGGCGGACGUGGAACGAAGAGGAGAGGAAUAAAUAUGCAGAUAAUGUGUUUGACUGGAUAGAAAAAUAUGCUCCCGGCUUCAAGGCAUCUGUGAUUGGCAGAGACGUCCUCGUGCCACCGGAUCUGGAAAGGAUAUUCGGUCUCUCCGGAGGAAACAUUUUCCAUGGGAGCAUGUCUCUAGACCAGUUGUAUUUUGCUCGACCAAUACCAGGAUUCGCAAAUUAUAGAACACCCAUACAUGGUCUUUAUCUAUGUGGCAGUGGAGCACAUCCAGGCGGAGGUGUCAUGGGCGCAUCAGGAAGAAAUGCAGCUCUGGUGGCGUUACAAGACCUCAAGCUUCGGGCUUAACAUUCCAAAAAAAAAAAAGAAUUCCAUAUCCUCUUUUAGUACAUAGAAAUAUAAAGUGAAUACUUUCCUUUU